AGGCCGGUGUAGCCUCACUAUUGGUACUCUGCUGAGUGAUGCUGAUGAUGAUGCUAUGCUUUUGCACUUUUCAGCUGAAAGGACAGUCCUCCAGCCUCCCAGCAGGAGGCAAAAAAUAAAAUAAUCUGAUCAUGACCGCAUCUGGUCGACAGGCCCUGGUGUAUGGCUUGGUUUGAUUUUGGGUAUCCCUGUAUGAGUCAGUAGUGUGACCUCAGUUUUCUUUCCAAGGCUCUUUUCGUAGGCAGAAAACAGAGCAACGCAACGCAACGCAAAAGAAAAAAAAUCAUAGCCAGAUGACAGAAACGGACGAGAUUCUCAUCGAAGUUUCAAUAAUAACAUGUCCAGUCCAUGAAAAUACCCCGAGAUGGACGCAUAUUAUUAGAUGUUUGGAGGGGGGGUUGACUCACAGCCCACCGUGAGGAGAUGCCAUCCCCGUCUGCCAACACAUCAGCUCUUCUUCUGCAGCGGAACUGGAUGGAAGCAGCUCCAAUCCGUCUGGCUGGCUGUUCAGCCAAUCACAGUGCUGCAUUCCCUUGCCACGGACUCGCUGUUGGGCACAAAUGCAGUUCGGGUAUGCAUGCCUGAUUCCGCUCCAGGCUCCAAGGCAUCAAGGCUCCAAGGCCGCCAUCGUACUUUGCUUUCUUUUCCCGCGGCUGUUGGAGAUCUUCGCUUCGCUUGCCACAGUACUUUUGUUUUUUUCUUUUUUUUUUUUUUUUUUUUUUUUUUUCGCUCGUUGGAUUUCUACAAAUUCGCCUCCCUCGCACGGAUUCGAGUUUGGCUGAUUUUCAGUCGAUCGGAGGCAACAUAUUAUUGCGGUGUGCUGAUAUGAGGGCAAUGUGCAGUGCAUCGAUAUCAGCAUCCCACAUGCACACCAUGAC